CUGCAAAACCUUAAUCCCACUUUGCUAUAAAAGCGAAGCAAACGCUGCCACCAUUUUCCACUUUGCAAAUUACGCAGGAGCAGCGUUAAGAGCCGAAGCUUCAUCCAAUCUCUGCAACCCUAAGUUGCAUUGCAACCAUGUCGAAGAGAAAGGUUAGGGAGCCAAAGGAGGAAAACGUGACUCUGGGUCCUGCUGUUAGAGAUGGUGAACAUGUCUUUGGUGUGGCUCGCAUCUUUGCGUCGUUUAACGAUACCUUCAUACAUGUCACUGAUUUGUCUGGGAGGGAAACUCUUGUUCGCAUAACUGGUGGAAUGAAGGUCAAGGCUGACAGAGAUGAGUCAUCUCCAUAUGCUGCUAUGCUUGCAGCCCAGGAUGUUGCUGCCAGAUGCAAGGAGUUGGGCAUUACUGCUCUUCAUAUCAAGCUCCGUGCCACUGGUGGAAACAAGACCAAAACCCCUGGUCCUGGUGCUCAGUCUGCCCUUCGGGCCCUUGCUCGUUCAGGAAUGAAAAUUGGUCGCAUAGAGGAUGUGACUCCCAUUCCUUCAGAUAGCACCCGUAGAAAGAGUGGUAGAAGGGGUAGAAGGCUUUAAACUUAUGGUAUAUGGCUGGAGUUGCUAUACUUUUCUUACCAUGUCAAACAGAAUUGUGGCAUUCUGAAAUUUAGCUAAGUUGGAUUUUAAUAUUGAAACUUCUAUUCUAUUUUCGAGGUAUUGAACAAAGUUUUAGUUUAGAACUUUUAGACAUUGAUAAAAAAGUUUUGUAUGUU